AAAUUCCAAAGUCCUAUUUUUCACCUCUUCACGUAAAGAUAGCCCACGUGCUUCUCUCUGUCUCCCUGUCUGCUCUCUUGCAAACCCUCUAACCUGACCUGUUUAAACUACUCCAAGAAGCUUUGGUACUGGUGUAAAAGCUUUUAUGUACUGCCGUAACUUUAACACUAUAAAAAGAACCCUUGCUUUCUCUCACUCACAUGAAGAGCUAUGGGAUGAGAGUUGAGUAAGGCGCUACUACUUCUGUUUUUUUUUUUGCACCCACUGCUGAAAAAAUGGGACAAGAAGAAAGCUACUUGUAUAGUUGGUCACCGAUAGGAGCUCCAUUGAAUAUACAAAGAGGGGAGGACCACUGGAGACAAUUUGACAAUUCUGUUAACGCGGUGUCCUUUGGUUUUGUUGCUACUGCCAUUCUCAUCUCUAUGUUCUUAGUGAUGGCCAUCUUUGAACGCUUUCUCAGACCUAACUCUUCACCUACUGGUCCUAAUUAUGGUGACCUUGAAUCUCAGCUUAGUUUCAAUGGCAAGCUCAGGCACCCAUCACCAAAUAUGACGGUGUACACCAAUGGAGUUUCCGUAUUAAUGCCUGGGGAUGAGAUUCCUACUUUCAUUGCACACCCAGCUCCAGUCCCCUGUCCCCCGGAAUGUUCGUCAUUGGUUCAACAUCAACACUACACAUCUGGCAAUCCUGUUGCAAACUCCUCCGGGAACAUUCAUGUAAGUGCAGUAGAAGAAAACUAAAUUUACGAAGUUGGGAUGCACAUGCUACCCAAAACGAUGAGCAUGAUUACCCUCAAGCAGUAGGUUUCCUAGGAACAAAGGAAGACCGUAAAGUCCGUUCAUACUUGCAUCGCCUUUGCUGCUGAUUUCCACCAUUCCAUGUUCAACAUUUUUCUGAGAUAGUGACUAAAGAUGGUCUGGAUUGCCAUCAAAUGGAUCCAAAUUAUAAAUGUAAAAAAAAAAAAUUGAGGUAUAUUAUGUAGUUGAUUGAGAGUAUGGGAAGCAGUUUGCUGCAGCUGGAUGGAAAAUUAAUAUAGAACAGUGAAGUUGAACCUCCAUGUGCAGCAUUUAUCAAAUUACUGGCAAGGGUUGAAUUAUUUGUAAAUGUGAGUAAAGAAAACUGAAGAAACUGCAAUCUACUAAGGCCUGGAAUUUAUCUAUAGCCCCAUCAUUGUCAAAGAAUGCUGGAGAAACCUAUGUUUUCCAUUUUUUUUACCA